AUGAGCACGGCUACCUAUAUGCAUGGGUACAGCAAGUCGGUCCUUGCUAGCCACCAAUGGCGGACUAUUGAGAACUCUGCCGAGUAUCUCCUCCCGUACUUGAACAAGACGCAGCACAUACUGGAUCUAGGCUCCGGCGCAGGCACGAUCACUUGUGACUUUACCAAUUUGGUGGGCACGGUGAUGGCUCUCGAGCUGAAUGAAGAAGCUCUUAACCUCACCCGUGAAGAAGCACAGCGCCGAAAUGUCGAGCUCGAGUACGCGAUCGGCGAUGCACAUGCCCUGCCCUUUGAGGACAACACUUUCGAUGUUGUCCAUGCGCACCAAGUCCUUCAGCAUGUUGCAGAUCCCGUCCAAGUUCUGAAAGAGAUGCGACGUGUGAUCAAGCCCGGUGGUAUUGUGGCUGCGCGCGACAGCGACUAUGCAAUCUUUACAUGGUUCCCAGAGAACCCUAUAUUGGAUGAGUGGAAAAAACUGUACAUUGACAUUGCGCGUUCCAAUGGAGGAGAGCCAAAUGCAGGCCGCAUGCUACUAGACUGGGCGCUUC